AUGGGGGAAUUUAGUUUGAGUGGUAAUGCGAACAUCGGUUUAAGUGCAGUGGAGAUAUCCAUAAAUUCAGCGAAGAGCAAUCAAAACACGUUAUUCUACACCACACCUACGUCAACGACGACAAGUGGAAGCGGUGGCACAGGCUGCGAAAACAUCCUCCAGGCCAAGAGUUAUAGUUCAACAAUGCAAGAUGAGCUCACUGACAAGGCUGUCGCGGCUGUCAGUGUUAGUGGAGCCAACACAGACGAGUUAUCAAGCAGUGCGGUUGGAUCGACAGUCACAUCAUCCUCGUCCGACAAGAAUACGGUGGCAACUGUCUCCAAAGACUGUGAGAUAUCGUCAAACUCCUCUGUAAACGAUCUUACAGACAAACUAAACGAACAGGUGGCUCAAACGACGAAAACAGUACCUUCUCUUCCGCCUCUAUUCCAUCCAGCUGAGCCUAGCACCCCAGCUGGAGCACUCUGGUCCACAGCUAUCGAAGACGGUUACGUACCUAACCUAGCUAGUGUGAACGGUGGCAUGGGGUUUCAGAACUUUCCAUCCCCUACACAACAACAGUUGUUUGGUAACAACCUGAAUCAGAACCAAGUGAAUCAGGGUCGAAGAGCUAUUACUGCGAGUCACAAUUUCCCCCAUAACAUGGGAAGGCAGCAAUCAAUGUCUAGUCAUCCUCUUUACAAAAAUUAUAGUUCUUGGGCCAAUCCCCCAGGCCAGAACUGGGCCCCGGGGAACUCCUCCGUCUGGAACCGUGGCCGGAGUGUUCCAAAUCUAACUCCCUUGCAACAAAUGGGAGUAAGUCUCGCGGGUCGUAAACCUAGUCCCACUUUCAACCAGCAGCAAGUCAUCUCGCCUGUUAAAUUCAGGAGGAGUACCUCCUACCCCGGAAAAGGCCCUUUUCCUCAGCCACCCACUUUCGAAAUCACCAACAUGGAUGAAGCUAGAGAACUGCUUCCCUAUCAGGAUCGGUGUGUAGUUAGUGCAAAUGGUAGUAGCCCUUUAGAGAAUAUGCGGGGGCUGGAACAUUAUUUGAAUGAUAUUAUGAGCCCACAAAGCAACGCAGCUGAUAUCAAAGGUUUUAUUAAUACCAAUGCUUUCCCGUCACUACAAUUACAUGGUAAAUCGCCGUACUUUCCAGGACUGGAUGAUCAGGCUGGCCCUGUUCUCCUGGAAGAACCAAGUCAUCUAGUUGAUAGUACCCUAGGAACCCAACCGCUCAGUUCUCCUUCUAGGUCUUCGCCCCACUCGCAGGGUUCUGAAGGUGGCGAGCGGUUUUCUAGGAAAGUGUUCGUCGGUGGUCUUCCACCAGAUAUCGAUGAAGAUGAAAUUACAGUCAGCUUCAGAAGAUUUGGACCUCUAGUCGUUGAUUGGCCCCACAAGGCUGAAAGCAAGUCUUACUUCCCACCAAAAGGUUACGCUUUUCUGUUAUUUCAGGAUGAAAAUUCUGUUCAAAGUUUGAUAGAUGCAUGUAUAACUGACGAAGAUAAACUUUACUUGUGUGUCUCAUCUCCAACAAUCAAAGAUAAACCUGUACAGAUCCGACCUUGGAGAUUAUCCGAUGCUGAUUUCGUAUUGGACGCUUCUAUGCCGUUAGAUCCGAGAAAAACCGUCUUUGUUGGUGGUGUUCCGCGACCCUUGAAAGCUGUUGAACUGGCAAUGAUAAUGGAUAGACUCUAUGGUGGUGUUUGCUAUGCGGGCAUAGACACGGAUCCAGAGCUGAAAUAUCCAAAAGGAGCAGGCAGGGUAGCGUUCAGUAACCAGCAAAGCUAUAUUGCAGCGAUCAGUGCACGUUUUGUCCAGCUCCAGCACGGAGACAUUGAUAAGAGGGUAGAGGUAAAACCUUAUGUCCUCGAUGACCAAAUGUGUGAUGAAUGUCAAGGACAACGCUGUGGGGGCAAAUUUGCCCCGUUCUUCUGUGCUAAUGUAACAUGCUUACAGUACUACUGUGAACAUUGCUGGGCCACAAUCCAUUCGAGACCUGGUCGGGAAUUCCACAAACCGCUAGUGAAAGAGGGCGCCGACAGACCCAGGGCUGUGCCCUUCCGUUGGUGUUAACGCAGGAGCGCAUAGUGCUGCAGCCGAGGGCUGUCCCACCCUUUAGCUUAUUACCAUACCACUGGCGGUGGCAGCCCCGCUGUUCAUCGCAUAGGCAAAAAUUAUAUAGUAGCAAUUAUACAUAUUUAAAGUAUACAUGUAACCAAUAAUUAUCUUCUGUAUGGCGCCUGGUGGUAGCGAUUAUUUCCGCUGCGCCAGUGACAGGGUGAGCCUCUUAAAGAUGGCGCUCUGCAUAAAACUUAACAACACUCAACAUUUGAAUUCAACAAACUGUUAUGACAAUGUUACUGUUACUAUAAAAAUAGGUAUGAAAAUUUGUUAAAACUAUGUUAUUGCUCCAUUUUUAACAUUACUAGUUUGUAUUAACUUAGGAUAUAAAAAAAAUAACGAAAUGCUAAAAAAAUAAUGGUCCAAAAUUCGUAUAUACUAAAUAACUACAGCAAAUAUCGAUUUAAUAAAUAAAAAUAAAUUUAAUGGCUUGCAUUUUUUGCAUUUACAGUUCGUUUUUGAGAUGACUACUAAAACCCUAAAGAGCUAGGAAGUAAUUUAUGCAUUCGUGCUGCAUCUGUUAAUAAACUAAUGCUUGAACUCAAUUGCAAUUUCAGUUAAUUUACACUCAUCUAAAACUGAUUGAAUUUGAAUGUUGAGUAAUGUUGAGUAUGAAAGUAGUGCGACACAGUCAGUCAUUUUCAGGGUAUUGUAAAUACUAGUGUAAUUAGCAAAGCUGUGGCUGGGUAGCGGAAAAUCUCGCUUUAGCGGCGACCACUUAGCCCCAAGUACCUGACCGGCCCUGACUACCCGGCAUCUUGCAAUAUUUUACCUUGUUAGCUUACCCGAUUCACCGCAUCGCCUACCCCUUGUCUAACGUGGUCUCCAGUUUUAUUUUGCUUGAUCGCCACAUCUUGUUACUACCACACCAUUUAUAAUAGCUAAAUAAUUUUUAUCGUAUAUAACAAUUUAAACUUUUUUUAAUAUUUACUAAUCUAUGCCGUGCUUUAGACUCUUCCAAAUUAUUUAGAUAUGUCUAUAUCUAAAGGGGUUACAUAUCAGUUUUGCCCCUUUUUGGUUGGCUGGUACAACAAGAGCUGACUAAACUGUGACGGUAAUGAAGUGGUUUUAGCCAUUCAAAAAAUCAUAAUGAAAUAUAUUUAUAAUCCUACUCACUAAUACAGGUACAAUUUAGUUGUCACCUACCUGUAUACUCCGUAUAAGGUGGAAAAAUUGUUUUUGAAAACUUUGUAUACUACUGGAAAUGAUUUGUAUGUUUAAGUUAUAGGUAAGUUGGAUCCUUAUAAAGUAAAGUAUGAUAGAAUGUUUUCUAAUUAAUUUGGAUUGGGUUUAUGCUUGAAUGCUUUAUGCAUGGAUGUUCCAAGUUAUUACCUGUUUCUGUGUUGUUUCCAUAUAAAUGUACUUAAAUUUAAAAGAAGUAUAGGAAAGUUUUAGCACAUAGUUGAAAAUUGCUCAUUUAAAUUUGUAUAUUCAGGAGUAUUCUAUUAAAGGAAUAAUAAAAUUGGAGACCAUGCGUGUUCAGUCUUGAACUGACUGCUUCCCGCUUAAUGUCCGCCUACUGCUGUCCACACUCUAGAUCCUUUAUUUUCAUGUGUGAUACCAAUAGACGUCAUAAAUGUAUUAAAUAAAUUGCACGGAUAUGUAUAGUAUAUAUUAUAUAUAGUACCAGCUAUUCUAAGACUUUGUAUUUUUUAAAUUUGAAUUUUUAUACUAAACUGUUAUAAAUGGUGAUUAGUAAAGAUUGAUGUGUGCAAUAAUGCGUCGAGCAGGCCAGCUUAAGUGGCGACUUGGCGUUUUAGAGUUUUAUCUUUAAUAACCGUAAUUAAUGAA